AUCAAGCACCUAGGCAUGCAGACUGCUUCUACAAACAUUUGUGAAAGAAUGGAUCACUCUCAGGAGCUCAGUGAAUUCAAGCAUGGUACCGUGAUAGGUUGCCACCUGUGCAAUAAGUCCAUCUGUGAAAUUUCCUUGCUACUAAAUAUUCCACGGUCAACUGUUAGUGGUAUUAUAACAAAGUGCAAGCAACUGGGACACAGCAACUCAGCCACGAAGUGGUAGGCCACGUAAAAUGACAGAGCGUGGUCAGUGCAUGCUGAAGUACACAGUGCACAGAAGUCAGCAACUGUCUGCAGAGUUAAUAGCUGAAAACCUCCAAACUUCAUGAGGCCUUCAGAGUAGCACAACAGUGCGCAGUGAGCUUCGUGGAAUGAGGUUUCAUGGCCAAGCAGCUGCAUCUGAGCCUUACGUCACCAAGUCCAAUGCAAAACGUCGGAUGCAGUGGUGUAAAGCACACCGCCACUGGACUCUAGAGCAGUACUUGCCUGACUGCAUUGUGCCAAGUGUAAAGUUU